CCCAAAAAACAAAAAACGCACGCGCUGGCGCUGCCCCCUCUCCUCGGACGCCACCGACCGCGACCUCCUCUCUUGCGUGGGUUCGCCUCGCUCGCUUGCUUCCAGCCGCCGCCAGUUACUAGUACGGCACACGCCUCGGCCCCGGCCUCGUCACGGCGGGCCAGGGCCAUGGCCGCCGCCGCAGCGGGCCGCCCACCAUCUCCGCCGCGCGCGCCGGGAUGAGCGCCAGGGCCGGGCCGGAUCCGGGCGCCGCCGAAGCCUCCGUCGCGUGGCCGGACCUCCGCGGCCGCCUCGAGCGGGCCGGCGCCCUCGCCGCCGAGCUCGCGGCCGCGGCGGAGGAACGGGCGCACCUGGCGCGCCGCCUCGAGGCCGCGCUCGAGGUGAGGAGGGAGUCGGUGCGGCAGGGCGCGGCGCUGGACGAGCUGAGGCGGCGGCUCGAGCGGCGGCGGGCGCGCGCGGACGAGCUCCUCGUCGCCAGCCGGAGGGCCGCCGAGGGCGUCGAGCGGCGCAGGGAGCAGAUGCAGGCGCAGAUCGAGCGGGUGCUGCCGCUCUCCAGGGCCCUCGCCUCCGCGCACCGGCAAGUGCAGGAAGCCAAAGAGUUGAAAUCCACCGAGAAGGCGCGGCUUGGGGAUCUGCAGAGGCUGCUCAGGACGAGGCAGCAGUCCAUGGUAGCCCAGGUCGCCGCCCUGUACCCUGUGAGGGUCUUCCGUGAGCUGCCGGUUGCAGAGAACCACCAUUCCCGUACCAAUGGAGAGUGUCGAACACCUUCGGAAGAGAAUGGGGCACUUCCACAAGAAAAUGGAAAUGGAACACAUUUGCUCAGCGUUAUCAAAUCUCCGCAUGUUGGCCCCUUGACAUUUUUUGGUUGGCAAAUUGGAAAGCCCAGGACAAAGCAGCGGACUUACAGCCAUAAGGAGCUUCAAAGGUCAGCAGCUGUGCUUGGAUAUGCAGCGCAUGCAGUCUUGCUUAUUGCCUCAUAUCUUGACAUUCCCCUCCGAUAUCCUCUGCGCUUUGGAGGAUCACGAUCUUAUGUCGGUGAUCGUUUGCCUUCAGCUGAAGCAUCAUCCGUGGGUUCAACGAAACAUCGAAGCGUCGGCAACGCCGACUCAAAGCUAACAGAUUAUCCCCUUUUCUUGGAAUUCCAAGAUGAUUCAACAAAGGCAUCCUACGCCAUUUACUUGUUGCAAAAGUUUCCCAAGCAAACUAAGGCUGAUGUUCACAUUUCCAAUGAUGGGUGGUUAGGAUACGGAGCAGCUCUUGAACUACAUCGGAGCAGAGAGUUCUGGGAGGAAUGCAUUCGGUAAUCUGCGGGAGCUUAUUAGGAUUAUACAGUCAGAUGAGUAUUUGUACAUAUGAUAGAUUCGGUGAUCAACAUGAGUUUGGAUCGCAUAUGCUGUAGAUAUAGUAUAUGGUAGAAUACAGGUUUAAGUAGGUAUUCUUUCUGUUCUUUUGUGUGAUUCCGCCUACUCUCGCUGUGCCGAGUUUUUGUAUGCGCAGCAAAGAGCAGCAUUUGGUUGUGCUAGAUCGAUGGUAUUUACAGAUGGGGUUUUACAUGAGCAUAAUUGCCUCUCCCAUGUAUAUUUUGAGGUUACGGUAAUAUGAAAGUCAUUCGACUCUGAAAUUCAGGAGUCAAGACCUA